AUGUUUGAGUGCUUCUUAGAAAUCGGCUUUGAAGCCGAACUAAACACCAAAGAAGACCCAGAGUUAAUGGAAUUGGCAUAUGAACAGUGCAAAGAGAACCUGGCUACCAGGGCGGCAGCCAUCACAGAGCUUAGGCAAAUGAUAUUUGAUAGGGGUGAAUGUCAUCCUUUAAGAACAGAUGAUGAAUACCUGCUAAGGUUUCUUCGAGCGAGAGAAUUCAUUGUACCAAGAGCACAUAAACUGUUGGUUCGAUACUGCACGUUCAGGGCAGAGAACAAGCAUCUCUACGAAGGAGUAGACCUAUGGGACCUCAUCAAGGUGAAGGAUGCGUAUGAAGGCACCAUGCUGGACCGACCAGAUACUGGGAGACUAUCCGUCUUCAGAUUCGGUCGAUGGGACCCAAGUGAGUACCCUGUGGAAGACCUUUUACGCGCUGGUAUGGCGAUGACGGAGAUCGGUAUCAGACAGCCGAAGCUACAAAUACUGGCUGGCACUGUGAUCGUGGACCUUGAGGGGCUUACGUUACGACAUGUGGCGGCCCUAACUCCGACUGUGGCAUACCAGAUUGUGUGUCUUAUGGGAAUAGCAAUGCCAGCGCGUAUCAAAGGAGUCCACAUCAUCAACUACUCCUGGAUCCUGAACACCUUCUUCUAUAUCUUCAAGAAGUUCAUACCACAGCAUGCUUGGCAGUACAUUCACUUUCAUGGCAAUGACCUCAAAUCCCUCCAAAAACAUCUAGAUUUGGAGUGUCUCCCUCCCAGAUUCGGAGGAAAGUGUAGGGCUGGCGCAAACUUUGGAGUCUGGCUGUCAAAGAUAAAGAAAUACAGAGACGAGAAAUUUGAUAAGGAAAUGAAACAAUUGGGUUAUGUUAUCAAAGAGUAA